AUGUUACUCUUUCUCAUUUUCUUUUCCUUAAUUGAAAUAAUCGCUUCUCAAAAUCCAUUGGUGAUCACAAAAUAUGGUCCUGUUGUUGGUACAACAUACACAACGACGAAUGGGGCGAAAGUCUCCGAGUUUAUCGGAGUCCCCUUUGCCGCGCCUCCAAUUGGGAAUCUUCGGUUUGAGAAACCCCAGCCACCGAUCCCUUGGACAGCUCCAAAACAUGUAGUCGCUUAUCAACCAGCAUGUGUUCCCUGUGAACGAGAACAGUACACUUUUUCUGAAGAUUGUCUCUAUUUGAACAUUUGGACUCCAUCUUUGAAUAAUACCCUUUUCCCUGUGGUUAUUUACAUUCAUGGUGGUGGGUAUAUCAAUGGAGCUGGAUCUAUGGAUAAUCGACAAAUGAGAGAGAUCUACGCUCAAAACGGAGUCGUUUUUGUGUCGAUUCAGUAUCGACUUGGAGUUCUUGGUUUUAUGACAUUAAAUGACACCCGUUUACCGGCAAAUCUCGGGCUAUGGGAUCAGAAUAUGGCGUUGAGAUGGGUACAAGAGAAUAUCGGGAAAUUCGGAGGCGAUUCAAAGCGAGUCACCAUUUGGGGCACUUCGGCCGGUUCGUCGUCGGUUGGGCAACACACUUUGUCACCGAAAUCACAAGGUCUAUUCCAACAAGCUUUUGAACAAAGCGCCUCCCCGAUUGCUGCUUUUGCACGCGGUAAUGAGAAUGUGGAAUUUGCGAUGAAUACAAUCAUUCAAUUGAGAUGUUCGACUCAUGGGGAUGUUAAAAGUUGUCUUCGUACCAAAUCUCUUGAUGAUUUUUUCAACGUAGGUAAGGGUUGUCAUUACAAUGAUCUCACAAUUUUUGCGACUUCUCCGAUGAUUGACGGGGAUUUCUUCACGGAACAACCUGAACAAGCCAUUCAAAGUGCUCCAGUGAUUCCCACUUUGAUUGGUCUCAAUUCAAAUGAGGGACGAUUGUUCAUCCUUCAAGCAGCACUGCCCUUUUCACUUGCAUCCCAAUCCUGGAAUUCGAUGACCGAUGAUGUUUUCUAUGAUUUAAUCGAGCAAUGGGUUGUCAAUCGAGGCUACAAUGAACAAGCACAACAAGCGGCUGAAGAUAUCUUUCAAUUCUAUGCUCAAAACAAUAAAAACGCGAGUGAUCACUACUUUUGGAUUGAGCAAUGGACAAGGCUUUUCACCGACUUUUUCUUUAAUGUUCCAGCUGUCAGGGAGGCAGUGUUGAAAUCACAGGCCAAAUCCCCAGUUUAUGCUUUUGUUUUGGACUAUUUCAAUCAAGAAACCUGGCCAGCUAAUUAUCCAUGUCAAGGUUCAACGCACACUUCCGAGAUGCCAUAUUGUCUGGGCGAGAAUGUUAAUUUCACUCCCACACAAGAGGAUGUUACUGUAGCCAAUUUUAUGAGAGAAUUUAUCAUUCAAUUCAUUAAGACUGGAAAUCCGAGCAUCGCCGCUUUCAAAUGGGAUCCAUUCACGGCCAGUCAGCUUCAAUAUCUCAGCUUUAAACCUAAGCCUUCAAUGUCGACAGAUCUCUUUGUUGACAGCUACAAUUUUUGGACGAAAACGAUGCAAAAGUAUAACUUUGACUUUGUGACAAGAAGAGCCUGGAGUGCU